AGACCAUUCCUCGCUUUGACGACUUGCAGUUUUUUCAACAUUUUCGCUUAAAAAAAAAGAGUUUUGAAGAAUUAAACCUGCUUUUAAACAACGAGCACGCCUCUUAUCUGAACGUUCAUCCUGGGCAGCCGAUGAUUUUGCUGGAAAAGCAAAUAUUAACAACAUUGUGGUACUUGGCCUACACUGAAUGCUUUAGAUCAAUAGCUGAUCGAUUUGAUGUAUCUCAUAAAACUACUUGGAAGGCUGUAUUCUUUAUUUGCAAAUAUUUGCUUAGAAUAAACCGAGCUCAUAAUAUAAUAGCUUGGCCGACACCAAAUGAAGCAGAACGCACUGCCUCUUUUUUCGAGGAAAAACCAAGGUUCCCAGGCGUUAUCGGAUGUGUAGAUGGCAGCCACAUUCCUAUUGCGAAGCCUACGCGCUAUCCGAAUUCUUAUAUUAACCGGAAAAAAUACCAUUCGGUGCUACUACCAGGCAUUUGUAAUGAAAAAUUGGAAUUUAUAGACUGCUAUGCCGGUGAAGCUGGAUCUAUACACGAUUCAUGCCUUUUCCGCAGGUCAAAAGUGUAUAAGAAGAUUAUUGACGGUAUUUAA